AUGAAGAAUUACGAUAACUGUUCUAGUGAACUAGAUGGAGAUGAACACAUGGAGGGGGAAAUUAUAGAGAUGGAAACAGAGACUACAAAUAUAUUGCUAGUUACACAAGACCCACAUGCACUUGGCGAAAACGUUGGAUCCGGAGAAUCUCUUAUGCAUUUUAUUAAAGGAAAUAUUGGAACGGGUAUUCUUUCAAUGCCAAUAGUUUUUAAAUAUUCUGGUUUGUGGAUUGGUCUUGCCCUUAUUACAUUUUGCGGUGUUGUGUCAACAUACCUUCUAUUCGUUCUUUCUUCUAUUUCUAAUAGUCUCGUAGAUAAACAUGGUCUAGAUCGUAACACUCUAGACUACGCUGAUGCUGUAUUUUACGUUUUUAAAUUUGGACCGAUUAGUAAGUUACUUUUAAUCUACACUUAUAUGUAUUUUAUUUCACUUUCUACGACGCAUGCCGUCCACAUGCAUUUUUUCACAAUUAAAAAAUUUAACUGGAUGAUUGAUUCUUGUAUUCUAGACACACAGUCAAUGGAUUUCUUAUUUUAA